AUGCCAAACCAGUUCGCUACCCUAAGACAAACGCAGCUAGACCCUUCUGCGACCAAAACGGCGCCGAGCCCUCUUCGCCAUGGCUCGACGGCGUCGACGUCCUCUUCCGCAUACUCCUCGUUAGGGUCGAAUCCUCCGAGCCGUACAAGCACCGUGUCCUCGGACGUGUCUCUCAGGUCGUUACCGAGAAACCUGAGCCACAAGAGGGUGAAGAGUGACCUUGUCAACAUGUUCGCGGAAUUGUCAACAGAGGAACCAGAUGCUGCGGCGACAUACGAAAGCAUCCGUCGUUCGCUGCGGCCGCUUCCGCAAUUGCCGAAUACACCUCUUCCCGCGACAAAGAAUACUACUUCUCGACAUGCAAGGAGCCGGACUGUCGAUGAAACCAAGUAUUGGAAGGAUAGCCAGACUCAAUCACCGGGGUCUCGUGCCGUUAAUCACCAGGAAAAUGAGCCCCCAGAUCAAGCGCGCGGCGAGUCGUAUGCCCCGCGGACACCUGAACGCCACAGUCGAUCUUUCCAGGGGUCUCCUCACACGGUUUCACCACAUCCCCAGUCGCCGCAGAUAAAACCGCUGCAUUCUCCCUAUGGAUCUCCAAGUUCGCAUCCUCCACCGCUUACUGCUACUCUAUCGGCUCCCGACCUGGAGACUUUUCAAAAAUCGUCCACGCGCCAUCUUCGUACCCUUUCCAAGCUUGCACAGUCUGGUGAGAGUGACGAUUUUACAAUCAGCAAUGUGGUACCUUCCGUCGUUGGUCUACAGGGAAGACGACACCUCAAGCGUGCCGAUUUGAUUGCCGGGGAAACCGCUAAAAGGACUGCUCGAAGACAAAAUGCCUCUGCCUGGACAGUAGGGAGCUGGAUGGAUAAGCAACGGCAGUUCCUCCAGGCGUAUGAAUAUCUAUGCCAUAUAGGAGAAGCGAAGGAGUGGAUUGAGGAAGUUGUCCAAAAGCCAAUACCCCCAGUUGUGCAGCUCGAAGAAGCUCUCCGGGAUGGAGUUACUCUUGCAGAAGUUGUACAAGCCGUUUAUCCGAAUCGUAUCCUGCGAAUAUUCAGGCAUCCCAGACUACAAUAUCGGCAUUCUGACAACAUUGCUUUGUUCUUCCGGUUCCUAGAUGAGGUUGAACUGCCAGAUAUUUUUAGAUUUGAGCUUAUCGACUUGUACGAAAAGAAAAAUAUCCCUAAGGUGAUACAUUGCAUUCAUGCGCUAUCCUGGUUGCUGCUUAAAAAGGGCAUCGUCGACAUCCGAAUGGGCAACCUCGUCGGCCAGCUAGAAUUCGAACACGAGGAACUGGAAAAGACCCAAAAGGGCCUGGAUAAGUCUGGUGUCAGCAUGCCGAGUUUUGCUGGGAUGGCCGCAAGUUUUGGUGCUGAGCCUGAGCCUGUGGAAUCAGAGGAAGACAGAAUCCAGCGCGAGUUAUAUGAGAAUGAGGCAAUGAUCAUCGACUUUCAGGCUCAAAUCAAGGGUGCGAUGCUAAGGCUGAAGUUGGGUAAUUUGAUGAACAUGUUGUGGGAUUUUGAACCCCUGUUGGCCGACCUCCAGUCACGACUACGUGGAGAUUGGGCUCGCCAGAUUUUCGAGUAUAGACUCAAUAUGAGGAAUUUUACAGUCAACCUGCAGGCCCAUUGUCGAGGGGUUCUUGUGCGAAUACGCCGGCGAAAUGAUGAAAAGUGGAGAAAAGCCCAGGAGUGUAAUGUUCUACAGCUGCAAAGCCUGAUAAGAGGAGCCAAGUCGAGAACUCAAGCGAAUACCCUUCGAGACCAAAUCCGAAAGGAGGCAUCGGGGAUCAAGCACCUUCAGGCUGUGAUACGGGGUGCCUUGAAGCGGGCCGCUGUCUAUGAUCAGUAUGCUGAAACAAGAGAAGUAGAGGAACAAGUCAUACUGUUGCAAGCAGCUAUAAGGGGCGCCCUGCAACGGAAGCAGGUUCUUGACCACCAGGAAUGCGCUAAAAGUGCUGAAUAUGACAUUGAGCUCCUUCAAGCGGCAAUCAGAGGCGCUCUGCUUCGGAAGCAGAUUUCGGCUGAAUACGAAGAGCUGGGACGGGCCGAGAAAGGCGUCAGUUCUUUUCAAGCAGCAAUCAGAGGAGGUUUGUUACGGAAGCAAGUUUCAGGUCAAUAUGAAGAGCUGAGACGAGUUGAGAACGAGAUCAGUCUUCUUCAAGCGGCAAUCAAGGGCGCUCUGCUUCGGAAGCAGAUUUCGGCUGAAUACGAAGAGCUGGGACGGGCCGAGAAAGGCGUCAGUUCUUUUCAAGCAGCAAUCAGAGGAGGUUUGUUACGGAAGCAAGUUUCAGGUCAAUAUGAAGAGCUGAGACGAGUUGAGAACGAGAUCAGUCUUCUCCAAGCGGCUGUUCGCGGUGCUUUGCAACGGGAAGUCAUGGUAGCCCAUCAAGAUGCCAUGAACCAUGCUAUGCAUUCCGUGGAAUUAUUGCAGGCUGCUGCGCGUGGGAUGCUAACACGCGGAUCAAUUGCCCAAUUGAAACAUAUACUCGACCAAGAAGUGCCGGCAAUUACUUCAAUUCAAGCAGGUGCAAGAGCCAUGGAGGUCAGAGCACGCCAGUCACUGUUGAUGGAAGCGCUUACAGCGUCAGAAAAGGCAUGCAUCCUUCUACAGGCGGCAGUUAGAGGCUCUGCUUUGAGGAAGACGCUUCUAGCUCUUCGUGACGAGCUAGCUCAACAAACGCCUCAAUUCAUCACCAUACAAAGUAUGCUUAGGGCAAACCGUGUACGGCAAUUCUUGGAUUCUCAACGAAGUCUUCUUACGGAAGCCGAACCAUCGAUCUCGGACUUACAAUCGAUGAUUCGAGGUUUCAUUUCAAGAAAUCAUGUGAAGACCGACCUGGAUAGUCUUCAAGAAGAGGAAGAGCUGAUUGUGGAAUUGCAGUCUCUUGUCCGAGCAGCAAUCUCAAGGAUUGAGGUUGGCGAUGUACUGUCUCAGCUUGAAGACUGCGAAGAUGAGGUUGUUGAACUGCAAGCGCUGGCAAGAGCAAUGCUUCUUCGGGUGGAUAUAGACCAAAAACUGAGUAUUCUCGAAGCUGAUGAGGAUGUCAUCGUCGAUCUGCAAGCAUGCAUAAGGGGGGGCAUUGUUCGGUCUCGUUUUGAAGAAAGGCGGCGCUAUUACCAAGAAAACAUGGAAAAGGUUGUCAAGGCCCAGAGUUUUGUGAGAGGCAGGAUCCAGGGCCAAGCGUAUAAGAGCCUUACAAGUGGGAAGAACCCUCCUGUUGGGACUGUGAAAGGCUUCGUACACCUUCUUAAUGACAGCGACUUUGACUUUGACGAGGAAAUUGAAUUCGAGCGGUUGAGAAAAGUGGUUGUCCAACAAGUUCGACAAAACGAGCUGGCAGAACAAUAUAUCAGCCAACUUGAUAUCAAAAUUGCUCUGCUUGUGAAGAACAAGAUCACGCUGGAUGAAGUUGUUAAACACCAGAAGCACUUUGGCGGUCACAUUGGCAGUCUGCUGGCAAAUACAGAGAUAUCCUCAAGCGAUCCAUUUGACCUGAAAGCAUUAAACAAGACGUCGAGGAGAAAGCUUGAACAAUAUCAGGUGCUGUUCUUCCUUCUUCAAACGCAAUCUCAGUAUCUGGCACGACUUUUCCGGAGGCUGAGGGAGCUCAAUACUUCGGAGAAAGAAUACGAGAGAAUCCGACAUUUGAUGAUGGGCCUCUUUGGUUAUUCGCAAAAGAGACGGGAGGAAUACUACCUCAUAAAAUUGCUUGCCAGGUCCUCAAAAGAGGAGAUCGAAAGCUUUGACACUCUUAACGAAUACCUGCGUUGUAAUUCUUUUUGGAAUAAGCUUUUUGCUUCAUAUACGAAGUCACCUCGCGACCGCAAAUUUAUGCGCAGCGCUCUUGGAUCACUUGUCAGGGAGUCUGUCAUUGAGAAUCCGGAGUUGGACUUGGAAAGCGACCCGAUCCAGAUCUAUCGCUCUUCCAUUAACAACGAGGAACUCCGCACAGGUAAACGGAGUCGCCGUCAACCUGACAUUCCAAGGGAGGAGGCGAUCAGAGACCCCGAGACGAGAGCGACGUUCAUCCAACACCUGCAAGAUCUUCGAGAUAUUGCAGACAGCUUUUUCUCCGCUCUUGAGGAGACCCUUCCCCGAAUGCCCUUUGGAAUCCGAUAUAUUUCUCAGCAGAUGUAUCAAUGCCUACUCUCCCGGUUCUCCGAUGAGAAUCCGGGUCUCAUUUUGCAGGUCGUGGGCCAUUGGGUGUGGAGGAACUACUUCCAGCCUGCCAUUAUUGAGCCGGAAAAAUAUGGGGUUGUUGACCGUGGUCUAACCCAAGAGCAGAAGAAGAACCUAGCGGAGGUUGCGAAGGUUGUCGCACAAGCAGCCUCUGGUAGACUUUUCGGAACAGACAAUGUGUAUCUUCAGCCGCUAAACAGCUAUGUUGGCGAGUCGAUUCAACGCCUUGGCCAAAUCUGGGGUGACCUGAUUUCGGUACAAGACGCAGAAUCUUACUUUGAUAUUGAUGAAUUCAACGACCUCUACGCGAAAACGAAGCCUACGCUGUACAUUAAGAUGGCGGAUAUCUUUUCUAUCCAUCGACUCGUCGCUUCGGAAAUUAACUAUAUCUGCCCGAAUGGCGAUGAUAUCUUGAAAGAGAUUAUCAGAGAACUAGGAAAUGUGAAGACCAAUGAGAACGAAUUGAUGAGUGUCAACACUUCAGAAAUCAAUUUGACAUUGAAUCCCAAGCUUGCUCAAGUCGAAGACCCGGAAGCGGAUGUGAAGGCCUUAUUUUUGGAAACCAAGAGAUGCAUUCUCUAUAUCAUUAGAGUGCAGUCAGGCGCUAACCUGAUGGAAAUAAUGGUCAAACCGCCCACGGAAGAAGAUGGGAUGAGAUGGGAGUCACUGGUUCGGGAUGAAUUAACUACGAAUAAUCCUCGACGUGGCGCCUACUCGGAAGCGAAUCUGCUUGACAUUGGAUCCAUGAGCUACUCCGAACUUAAGCGAACAGCACUCGAGAAUAUUCUCGAGCUUGAAAGGUCUGGAAAAAUCAGUCGUCAGAGCAAUUAUCAAGAGCUCCUGAACGCUAUCGCGAUCGAUAUCCGGACCAAACACAGACGGAGGAUUCAGCGGCAGCGGGAAUUAGAGGGUGCCCGCUUAACCCUGGCGCGUCUCCAUGAUCAGGCAGUGUACCUUGAGCAGCAGCUCAAGUCGUAUAAUGACUACAUUGAACAGGCCAUGGUCACGUUGCAGAACAAGAAAGGAAAGAAGCGAUUCCUGAUGCCGUUCACCAAGCAGUGGGAUCAUCAACGUGAGCUGCAAAAGUCAGGGAAGGUUUUUAAGUUUGGAUCCUACAAGUACUCAGCGCGUAACCUUGCGGACAAGGGCGUGCUGGUCUACUGGAAAGGAUACACUGAAAGGCAAUGGGAAAGGGCCGACCUAACUAUUUCAAGCAACGAGGUCGGUGUAUUCACCAUUGACGGAAGCAGUGGAAACAUGAUGAUCCCCGGAGCGAAUGCCCAGGUACCGUUGGAUGACCUGUUGCAGGCGCAGUUUAAUAAUGCGCAGUUCCUGGACUUAUUCGAAGGCCAUCUACGAGUUAACGUCAACCUUUUUCUACAUUUGAUCAUGAGGAAAUUCUAUAACGAAUAAGCGGUUUGUCUGUUUCGGUUUCUAUGGUGGUGGGAGAAUGGGAUAUCCGGUCGGAUGUUUUUGAUGGGCUUUUUCUUCUUUCUCUUCUUUUGUCUCUCUGCCAGUGUUACCCCCGUGCAUGUUUUUUCUUUGCGUAUCUUUUAUCCCCCUUCUGUCUCUUUUUUCUGAAGUAUGAGCCUAUACACUGCGUAUGUGCACUUGCUUUCCUUUGCUGAGUUGAUGAAUACUGCAUACAUUUCAUAUACUCACUGCACCCUCCUGUUAGCCUUGUAAUUGCCCCUCUUAUUGAUCAAUACGCUUCUCCAUAUUUCCCCAUACAACGUGUCAUGAUAUGAAGUAUGCUUUAUGUGCUCUCUGACUUCUUGGUGGCAAGUAUAGAUCGUAUAUUGUAGCAGGCUUUAUAGUGCCAACAGUAUGUUCCAUGUUACAUGCAGU